UGACGUUGUGGUGGGCAAGUGGUCGUCUGUCGUUCGUUGGGCUUGUCUGGUGGUGCUCCUGACGGGCUUAUGAGAAGUGCACUGUUCUGGUGGCAGGGCAUGGAAGGAAUGUAGCUGUUUUCUGCUCGUAAGGUUUGGUCGGGCUUGGUACAUGUGGCAAAUGUGGCCGUAGUUUUCGUCAUGCCGUCCUGGGUGCUGGAACGUCGGUGAUGUAGACAUUCGCUGACUUCCCUGCUUGUUUUAUUACUAGUCUUUUGCAUGCCAGUGGUCGAGAGAUGUGUGAAAAAAAAAAAAGAAAUGCUGAUUUGGGACCAGAUGCAGUUUGCUGUAACAUAAGGUAAAUUUUUAUUCAUAAAGGCGCUAUACUGAACGCGUACAUCAAUCGGGUGGGGAUGAAAGCAAGAAAUUUUGCUAUAAGUGCGUGUCUUAUCUCUUCCAUGCCGCUUGGCAUACUUUGUCGGCACUACUUAUGUAGAGUUAACAAGACGGUGAACAUCGCUACUCUACCCGCAAGGAAUGGGGCGUAGUUAUGUGUCGCCUGUAUGUGUCUGGUGGCAAGCUUGCAGGGGCACAAACAAUUUUUUUUUCUGUGGUUCGAAAAACGCGUGGGUUUCCCGUGCAGUGCACAUCUAUGACAAAAUGCCUUUCUGUCGACUGCCAUGUAUUAAGUGAUGUGUUCUACAGAGCGACGCUAGCUUGUGUAGACAUUAAACUGCAACACAACUACCAUUGCACACUCAUGCAAGUUGUUUUCCGAUGGAAUGAAUCCCAAAUACAGUUGCUAGCUUGUUAAAAAGAAAAAUAGUUUCUGGAAGCUCCUCCUGUGGACUUUCUGAAGCAGCGGCUUCAAACCUUGCAUUCUCGUCUGCUACUCUCGUGUCCCGCUACUUUUUCUGCAAGAGAGCACCGCUCUGUUUGCUUAAGAAGAUCAAAGGAGUGCUUCACAAAACUGCACUUCAUGAGGUGCUGGCAUAGCGGCAGUCAUCUUUCUAGACUGCCAUGCUCUUUUAUGCUGAAGCCUCUGGUGUGUGGCUGUUUGCAUUUCGGAAUACAGUGGCGUUGAAACUACAUUGUUAUAACCUCUCAUGACAGUGUUCUUAAGAUCAAAUUUUGAAGAAAAAAAAAACAAAGAAAUGGUACCUGCAAGAUAAGGUGAUGUAUCAAAAAUAAAGGCUGCACAGAUACAACAGCACAACCAAAGUGAAGAUAUGUUUUAGCAAAACAGCUCACUAAAUUAUGGCACACAACCAAGGGCAAUGCAUGUAGACAAAUAGCACAAAAGGCGAGAACAGCAAAGGCACACGUACAAUCACACAUAGCCUGCAAUUGGUUUUACUUUUAUGCAGCUUGUGUCGCCACAUAAGGUUCGUGCUUAUCCACCGCAGAAGUUAUACCUUAAUUAUGCAAUUUUUAUGAGUAUGCAUUAAAGUUCUUACAUGCGAUGACCAAAUGAUAACUCCAGAUUUAGGCAGAUGCACAGUAGAAAACAUCUAAGCAUUCAUGUCAUUAGUACAGCUAUGACGUGUGUAUUCGUUAAAAUAUUCAAAGCAAUCCUAAUCAAUCCAGGAGACUGCACUCAUUCAAAAUCCAGGAAGGUUCGCAAAGUUUUAAAAAGUAUCUCCUAAGAUACUAUUCCUAGAUCUACGUACCAGAUAGAUACCUUCAGAAAUUUGCUAUUUAGUGCUUAAAAUGAACAGCGUCAGUAAACGGACAUGAACGAAGCAUUGUGUUUUGUGAUACGUCACCUAAUCAGAUUUGAUUUCGAGCACAUUUGGAAACAUUAUCAUCAUGAUGACACCUACAAGAUGUACGUGCACAAGAUGAGUUCGAUACACUUUCGGCGGGCUCUACAUAUAACUAUACCAACGACAAUCGCUUUUUUCACACUCAUAAGUGUCAGUGUGGCUGACGGCUAAUGAUUUUAGAACCACUAAUAUACUAUUAACAUGUCAUGAACACAUACUAUUAAAACAUUAUUAUUUCUGCAUUGGGCUUUUGCACUGUCAUGUAAACAGAAUGCGCCUUAAGGGGGGGGGGGGGCACCUAACAUAAUCUGUGGAUGAUGAUGACAAUGAUAGUAUUGACCUUGCGCUAAGCAAGCUCAAAGCUGCUGCCUUUGGGAGCUUGCCUCGCCCUAUCUUUACGAGGGUGAUCCAGUCGCUGGUUACUCCGUUCCACCUGGUCUAAUGCCACUAGAUGUGCAACUGUGGAGAAGUGACGAGUGUGUGAGUGAGCGAGUGAGAGAGAGAGAGAUAGAGAGAAAGCAAAGGUGUGCAGUGCGAGUGUGCCCCUCCCAUCUCCGCCUCAGGAGAGCCUCGACAUUGCAACGAUAAUGAGUCGUCGUGUUGAAGCGAUGAAGGCCCUGAAGGAGAAUCCGAUGGAUGUGGAAGCCAUGAAGAUUUACCACGACUGCCACAAGGAGUUCCAGGCAUGGGUAGCAUCAAAGCAAAAGCCGGGCCAAUACACAGGUUCAAUAGACUUCAAGCCACUGACUCCGGAUGAGCUGUCUGGGCCCUCUCCAGCUUGGGUUAAAAAGGACCAAUUUAUGAAAGCAGCACCUGUGGCUGAGGGCAUAGGCAUGCACUUGUUGCGCAAGAUGGGCUGGACACCUGGUGAAGGCCUCGGAAAAAACAAAGAGGGUGCUUUAGAGCCUCUGCUUCCCAGCAUCAAGACCGACAAAAGAGGUCUGGUGUCGGAGCUAGAGACGAAACACCCUUCUGCACCUGCACACCAAGAUUUGGGAGGCAAGCAUCCCGUGUCAGCCCUGACUGAGCUGUGCAUCAAGUCACGAUGGGGCCCUCCCGACUUUACUCUCGUCGGUGAAAGUGGGCCCGACCACAAGAAAACCUUCUUAUUCAAGGCAAGCUCAGCUCUAGGGUGUCACUUAAAUUAUAGUGUACAAUUUUUUUACUCAAAACUUAGAGUGUAGGAAGGAUAACGAAUGAAGAUUGUAUUGUGCAACAUGUGGUCAUCCUUGUGCCAUAGGUUCUUUACUCAAAGCAGUGAUGCAGGCUAGUUGGUUUCAGUCAUUCGCAUUCAUA